AUGACAGCGAAAAAUCCCCGCAAAAUACAAAGCCUGGAUUAUAGUAAGUAUCCUAAUCUACAUAUAUCGGACGCAGGACCGAACUCCGAUGCGGUAGGACCAAGCUUUGUAGCAACACACCAACCCGCCGCAUGGACAACACCCACGCCCAGCGUUAAUAAAAGGAUUAGUGGCACGGCUGAACGC